UCGCCAGUAUUUUCUGUGACUCCAGUGAGUGAAGUUGCGUUGCGAAUGGCGAGAGAAAUCUCGUGAUUUUCCUCGCAAUCUUGUAAAAGUAAAGAAAACAAUUUUCUGACCACGCAUUUUGUAAUAACAACGCAGUGAGAAAUAGAGAAAAGAGAGAAAAAAAAAACUUAUAGCCUUAUUUAAACAACACCAAUAGGUAUUAAACUCUAAUGAGGCUAAUCUGCAUUAAAGUGCAGUCAACUUGCAUAAAUUAAAUCGAUUUUGGUCAUUUGGGUGUCUCAAAAGUACAUCAUCUUGUGGCAUUAGAACGGAGUGAAUGUUGGAGUGGAAAAAUUAUUAAGUGAGAGCCCAAAAAUAUAUUGUGUAUAGUGACAAAUUAAACGACGCGAGGACAUCCAUCGAAUUGCUAUUUAUUUUCAAGUUCAACAACGUAAUUCUCGACUGUGCAGAAGAUGGGGAAUAUUCUGUGCAAGGAGCGUGUUGAUCGAGCGGGUGACUCCAAAAAUCCCAUUGACAGAGUUAUUGGACGAUGUGCUCAACUCUGUCCAAAUGCCAUGAACCGCAAAAACGGAGAAUCCUGGAAUAAACACAUAUACGAAACGCGACCACAUCAAACUCAGCCCACAAAGCUUGAAGCAUUUAGGAAUUCAACACUAAAACUCGAAGAAAACAGUCUUCAACAGAAGAGCAAAGCUCCUGGAAGUACAGACAUGGAUCCCACUCCUCCUGUAGCGCCACCCAGGAAGAAGCGUCCAUCUAUGCUCAGCCACGACGGGCGAAGGGUUAAGAAUGGCUUCAAGGAUGUCUUUGGGAUUGAGACACCACGAAGAUUCUCCUGCGAUAGCGUUGACAAUGCCACACGUCCGCGAGAGAUGGGUGUCGAUGUUGGGGUUCCACUGAAGCAGAGCAUAAGCUAUGACAGCACGGGAUUUGCAGACUUCAGUCAGGAAAAUUCACCAACAAAUGAGCUGGACAGGAAGGUUCUCCCACGGGUGGGCAAUAAGAAGUCAGAUAAAUUCUUCGGGGAGAAUCUCUCAGACUGCCUCUCCGAUGAGUACGUGAGUGAUGAUCAGACGAAUGAGGAAAAGAAAGCACCCAAGGAUGCCAUUGAGAAGUUUGUGGAGGAGAAUGCAGUGCCCGUUGAGAAGGCUAUGAUGCAGGAAAAAGCAAAGGUCACCAAGACAAACAGCCUGGAUAAGAAGGCUGAAUUCCUCAUGGCAAUGCUCGAUGGGUAUUCUGAAGAGGAAGCUCACUAUGCUGGAAGGACUCCAGUAGAAGAACCAAUUAUUGUUCCCAAAAGGAAGCCGAAUAAGCAUAUUUGUGAUGAUGACGAUCACAUGCACCAUCGACACUUCCACAAACACGAAAUUGCUGAAGCUUCUGAUAAAUCUGAUACACUUAAAUCAAUUCCCGGUGAACCUGGACCGAAGAAACCUGAAAGGGAUUUAUCAAAGUAUCGGAAAUCUCUUGAGAAUCUCGAUGAUACGACAGCAGAAAAUACCACAGAGAUCACACAAGUAGCAGCAGAUGUGGAGAAACCGGCAAGGAAGAAGAGAAGUAUUAGUCGAGAAGAUCUUCCAAGUCCUCCACCACGUCCUGUUAAAACACCCGAAAAUGUUACAAUCCUGGAGGUAGGAGCAACUCAAUCUCAAGCACCGCCAAUCUCCCCUAAACCGAAGCCCUUGAAGAAGAUCCCAUCAAUGCCCAACAACUUGGUAUUGUCGACCAAAAUUGAACCAAAACGACUGCAGAAGUGUCAGAGCUCAGGAUCACUCGUACCAGAGGAUCUUAUGAGUGAAAUAAAACGAAGAGUCUACGAGUUCCAAAUAAGUCAGGAAUAUUUGCCCGAAGAUCAUAGCCGUGCUGAUGGGUCAGAGCUCGUUAAGCCUCAAUCCAAGCUUGAAAAACGCAAAGUUUCCGUGACAAAGAAAAUCAGCAAUGCCAGUUCCAUUGAACUUGAUCCAAUCCUCGAUGAAGAUCUCAGCAAAACUAAGUUCAGCAUUGGAAAUACCGAAGUAAAGAUUACGGAGGAAGUUAAGGAGAUGGCAAAGGAACCAAGAGGAUCACUGGGGGACAUCAGUGAGACCGCAAAUGCCAUUACGGAGUUCUAUAAAAGUGUCUCGGAUUUGAUUCCGGACAAAUUAAUUGAGAAUUCAUCACACCAGAAUCCUCCACAGGCUCUACAUCGAGAGAUCAAAGAGGAUCACUUUGUUGCUCCAGUUGUAACUUCCACACCAGCUAAGAAGGAUUUCGCAACUCCACCAAUCAAAGAGAAUGCCCUUAGUCAUCAAGUGAGUCAGGAGAAGGCUGAAGAUAGCCUCAAGAAAAUUCUCCAGGAUCCGGAAUUUGAUGUGAAUGCCAUUUCGAGUGUUCUGGAAGACAUCUAUGCAAAUAAUAAAUCCAUCCUUGAGGAUUUCCAGAGUUUCUUGGAAGUUGAAGCUGAUAGUCUUGAGGAUUUUGAGAUUGUAUCUCUAACCAAUGGGAUCACCAAGGAGUCCAGUAAUCAAGAGAAGAGUAACCAAGUGCCAGCUAUAACAGUCGAGAAGGAACCAGAGCGCAAACGAAGGCAGUCAGGAUCAUCAAAUGGGAGUAUCAGUGACGACAACUACACGGACCUCAUUGAAGACACCCCAAAAGAACAAGUUACCAACAAAACACUCCUGGCUAUAGCCCAGGAACGUGGUCGUCGGGAGAGUAUUGACGAUGUGAACAAUUGGUUCGAUAGACACAUUGAUUCCCCGCUUAAUCCCAAAAUUCAGACUCUCCUGCAGGAAGCCCGAAAGGGACGACGAGGAUCGGAUUUCGUUGUCUACGACACCACAACUCUCUAUCCAUUUGGCAAUCACAAGCGCCACGGAUCGGAAUCAGGAGAAUUCUUUGACAAUCUUCAUCCCUCAAAGAGUGCAGAUAAUGUUGCGAGGGACAAGGAUACGGCAACGGAAGAGGAUCAUUCGAAUCUCCUCAAGUUCCUCAAACGGGAAGCUCAUGCAGAUCGAGCACAUUCCGUGCCCAACAAUGAUUAAUUAAUUUAUAGAUUUACACAGAAAAAUGCGAUAUUUCGAUGCUUUAACAAUAAUUAAUAAAGUUACCUCCUAUUUUACUCCA